AUGGAAAAUUUCUGUCAAUUAAUUAAACCUCACGAAGAAGCAACUAUUCAGCAAUACAUUAGCAAAUGCGUUUACUUUUACGGUGGCUCUAUGCUUUGGCUUUAUUUAAGUGCUGUUUUCGUCAUCACUGGACCUAUCACGCUAGAUCAACCGUUUCCAACAAAUGCCGAGUACCCAUUCGUUAUUUACCAGCAACCAUUAAAAAGUAUUAUAUUCAUGCAUCAGUCUUUUGUAUGUCUUCAAGCUUCUGCUCAGCUAUGUAUAAAUAUUUUCAUGGCUCUUCUGCUUUGGACUACCUCAGCGAGAUUUGAAUUAUUAGUCAAGGAGUUACGAACAGUCACCAAUGUUCAUGGUUUAGUUCAAUGCAUUCGACAACAUCAAAGAUUAUUACAAUAUGCACAAGAAGUGGUUGCCAUAGUUCGCCCCUUUGCAUUGACAACUAUAAGUCUUACAUAUUCUCUGGAAAUUAAUUAA